UAUAAAUAAUCUAUAUAUAUAUAUAUAUAUAUAUAUAUAUGCAAUGAGUAGUUAGUAAAUGCUUACAGUUUACUUUUAACAACGUUCACGAACGCUUCGUUACUCAUUUCUCUGCUAAAUGUUCAUCGAGUAGUGGAAAACUCUUCGGUCUUCCAGUCACGGAAUCUUCUUCGUUGUAAUUAACGUUAUCAAUUUUUCUUCAAAUUUUAACAUUUUUUCUCUACACCGCAUAUUUCAACAGUUUGUAUAAUCAAAGCGAGAAUCAAAGAGUGACAUUAUUGGAACGCAUUUGGAAUCUUAUAUUUACGAUGGAAGAUUCAAAUAUUUCUAACAAAACUGAACAUAAUCCAAAGAAUUUUACUGUAGAAAAUGGCAUUUACGAGGGACCAAUAAAUCAUAACUUGAAUAAAUACAAGAGUCUCGGAGAAAUGGUAUGGAUCAGGAUUAAAAAUCACGGGAACAAAAUUGCAUAUUUGGACGCAUGCACUGAAGAAACGAUCACAUACACGGAACUGCAAGAUAAAGUUGUGAGAUGCGCCUUGUGGCUGCAAAAACAAGGAAUCAAAUCCGAUGACGUUAUUAGUGUAUGUACUGGCAAUCAUCUCAAUUCCAUCGUGCCUUGCCUUUCGGCAACUUAUAUCAAGGCAAUCUUCAAUCCGUGGAAUGAGAACAUGGACCUGCAAUGUGCGCUGCACGUUUUAAGAUUAACCACGCCAAAAGUGAUCUUCUGCAGUGAAAAGUCCGUAGAUGUUGUCUUGAGUGCGAUAAAAAAGGAUAAUUGCAAUCCUACGAUAGUAAUUUUUGGCAAGCAUGUCGAUGCGAUUUCGUUUUUUGAUAUUCUGAGAAAUUUCACUGAUGUAGAAGUAGCAAAUUUCCGUUACGUUGAGCUUGAAGAUAUCAAAAAGACGGCGUGCAUUUUGCAUUCGUCGGGCACUACGGGGAUGCCGAAAGGCGUUGAACUGUCUAAUUAUGCACUAUUAGUCGUCAUUCAGCAAAGUACUUUGGAUAUGGCUAACACGCCAUCACUUUGGUUUUCUUCUCUUUAUUGGCUGAGUGGGACAGCGAUGAAUCUGAAUAUGAUCGUGCAAGGUGGUUUAGCGAUCCUCUAUCCAGAUUUUAACGAGGAGAUGACUUGUCGAUUGAUCGAGAAAUACAAAGUAGCAUUUAUUUUUCUUAGCACAAGCAUGAUUAAUCGGUUUCUGAAAGCAGGUUACGUAAAAAAAUAUUCUUUAUUGUCUUUAAAAGUUAUAAUGAGCAGUGGUGCAAUUAUUAAGCCGCAGAUGCAGAAAGAACUGAGAUGUAUUUUACCACAUGUUGAUAUAUUACAAGGUUAUGGAAUGACAGAAACCUGCAGUUUUACAGCAUAUCAACUACCGAGUCACAAGAACGGAUCCUGCGGUACAGUAGCCGAGAAUGUACGAAUGAAAAUUGUAGAUCCUGAAAGCGGGAAAAUUCUUGGUCCGAACCAAUCAGGAGAAAUAUGGGUUAAAUCUGCAACCAUAAUGAAUGGUUAUUAUAGAAAUCCUGAGGCAACGAAAAGUACGAUAGAUGGUGAAGGAUGGUUGCACACGGGUGAUAUCGGUUAUGUAGAUGAGGAUGGAGAAUUGUUCAUUAUUGACAGAAUAAAAGAACUCAUAAAGUAUAGAGGAUAUCAGAUCUCUCCCGGAGAAAUUGAAAGUACGUUAAUGUCACAUCCAGCGGUGCUAGAAGUUGCAGUAAUAGGAGUGCCUCAUGCAUUAGACGAUGAACAUCCUCUUGCUUAUAUUACCAAAAGGUUUGGUGCCGAGUUGGAUGCUCGCACUGAAGAAACGGUUACAUAUGCAGAAUUACAAAACAAAGCUGUGAGAUGCGCCUUAUGGCUACAAAAACAAGGAAUUAAAUCUGGCGACAUUAUUAGUAUGUGCACAGGCAAUCAUCUUAAUUCCAUCGUUCCUUGCCUUUCGGCAAUUUAUAUUAACGCAAUUUUCAAUCCAUGGAAUGAAAACAUGGACUUGCAAACCACAUUAUACUUUUUGCAACUGAUGACGCCAAAGAUGAUCUUCUGUAGCGAGAAAUCUGUAAAUAUCGUUUUGAGCGCAAUAAAGCAGCAGAAUUGCAAUACUACGGUAGUGGUUUUUGGUAAGCAUGUCAAUGCGAUUUCAUUCUCUGAUAUCCUGAAAAGUUGCAACGAUAUGGAAGUGGCUAAUUUCCGUUACGUCGAGCUUGAUGACAUUAAAAAGACAGCGUGUAUCAUGCAUUCGUCGGGCACUACGGGGAUGCCAAAGGGUGUCGAAUUGUCUAAUUAUGCUAUGUUACAUAUCAGCCAGGAAUAUAAUAUGAACAUGACCAACGUGCCAUCACUUUGGUUCUCUACUCUUUAUUGGAUCACUGGAGUAAUAAUGACCUUCACCGGAAUCAUGCAAAGCACCAAAGCGAUCAUCUAUCCAGAAUUUAACGAGGAGAUGGUUUGCCAAUUAAUCGAAAAAUAUAAAAUAGAAGUUGUGUUCCUUAGUACGAAUAUGAUGAACCGUUUACAUCGAUCAGGUUACGUACAGAAAUAUCGACUAUCAUCUUUGAAACUAAUAACGUUCGGUGGUGCAUCAAUUAGACCAAAAGUGCAGGAAGAAAUGAGGCGUUUUUUACCACAUGUUCAAAUAUUGCAAUGUUACGGGAUGACAGAAGUCGGUUGUAUUAUAACAAUGCAACUACCGAAUCAUAAAAAUGGGUCUUGCGGAGCAAUAGUUAAAAGUGGACAAAUGAAAAUCGUUAAUCCAGAAACCGGAAAAGUACUUAACCCAAAUCAGUCAGGAGAAAUAUGGGUAAAAUUUAUAAGUAUAAUGACUGGUUAUUAUAAAAAUCCCGAAGCGACAGAAAGAACAAUUGAUAAAGAAGGUAAAUAGAUUCCUUUUUUGGACGCACUUACUGAAGAAACAAUCACAUACGCGGAGCUACAAGAUAAAGCCAUUAGAUGCGCUUUAUGGUUGCAAAAACAAGGAAUCAAAUCUGGCGACGUUAUUAGUAUAAGCACUGGUAAUCAUCUUAACACUUUUGUGCCCUGUAUUUCGAUAGCUUAUAUCAAUGCGAUCAUCAAUCCGUGGUACGAGAACAUGAACUUACAAAACGCACUGUAUUUUUUACAACUAAUGACGCCGAAGGUAAUCUUCUGUAGCGAGAAAUCUGCAAAUGUCAUUUUAAACGCAAUAAAGAAGCAGAAUUGUUGCAGUCCCAUAGUAGUAGUUUUCGGCAAGCAUGUCGAUACGAUUUCAUUUUCUGAUAUCCUGAAAAAUUGUAACAGUGCGGAAAUAACAAAUUUUCAUUACAUCGAGCUUGAUGACAUCAAGAAAACAGGGUGCAUUUUGCAUUCUUCGGGCACUACGGGGAUGCCAAAGGGUGUCGAACUGUCUAACUACGCUAUGUUACAUUUAAUGCAACAAAAUUGGAUAAAUAUAACCAACGUGCCAUCACUUUGGUUCUCUUCUCUUUAUUGGUUGAGUGGAAUAAUGCUGAACCUCAAUGGAAUUCUACAAAGCACCAAAGCAAUUAUCUAUCCAGAAUUUGACGAGGAGAUGACUUACUGCUUAAUCGAGAAAUACAAAAUACAAGCUGUUUUCCUUGGCACAAAUUUGUUGAAUCGAUUUCUCAGAUCCGGAUACGUACAAAAAUAUCCAUUAUCAUCUUUGAAAGUUAUAAAGUGCGGUGGUACAUUAAUUACAACAAAAGUGCAGGAAGAAUUAAGGCAUAUUUUGCCACAUGUUCAAAUAUUGCAAUGUUACGGAAUGACGGAAACCGGUGGUGUUAUAACAAUACAAGAACAACAUCAUAAGAAUGGAUCCUGCGGUACAGUAGCCGAGAAUGUACGAAUGAAAAUUGUCGAUUCAGAAAGCGGAAAAGUACUUGGUCUGAAUCAAUCAGGAGAAAUAUGGAUAAAAAUUCCAAGCAUAAUGAAUGGUUAUUACAGAAAUUCCGAGGCGACGAAAAAUACUAUUGAUAAUGAAGGAUGGCUGCAUUCGGGUGAUGUCGGUUAUAUAGACGAAGACGGAGAAUUGUUUAUUAUUGAUAGAAUAAAGGAACUUAUAAAAUAUAGAGGAUAUCACAUCUCUCCCGGAGAAAUCGAAAAUAUGUUAAUGUCACAUCCAGCAGUGCUAGAAGCUGCAAUAGUAGGAGUACCUCAUACAUUAGACGAUGAACACCCUCUUGCUUAUGUUACCAAAAAGCCUGGCGUUAAGGUAACGGAACAAGAAUUAAUAGACUUCGUAGCGAUAAACUUGGAGGAUCGAUGCAAACUACGUGCAGGCGUAAUAUUUUUGGACAGUCUUCCAUAUACGGGUUCAGGGAAAAUUUCAAGAAAAGAUUUGAAAGCAAUGGCAAAGAAAUUGAUACAGUAAAAUGACUUAUUA